UCAUCUGUGAGGCCAUAUGAAUGUACAAUGGCAUGCCUCAGGAGCCAUUUUAGGAAAACAAAUGGGAUUUAUGCUAAUUGCUCAGAUGAAAUUGCAGGAGCACUAUCUUCAAGCAAGGUAGCAAUAAUUCUCAUGGCUGUCCGUAGAGAAGCUUUUGAUUGGGGUCCUCUUAGUACUACCAAGAGAAUGAGAAAGAAAGAUAUCAGAAAAGGUGAUCACAGCCCUUACUUAAGCACCAUUUCUCUUGUAGCAAAAAGCUUUUACACAAAUCAUAGGGUUCUCAAAGGGUUACAGAUACUCAAAAAGAUUAUAAAUAUGAAAGCUGAAGCUAUUAAACUUGUGACAGUUGUUCUUGCAGCAGCUUUUACAAGAAGUUGGAUUGAAGACACCAGGCAAAGACAGAGAGAGGGGAGAAGUGAGAAGAAAAGAAAUUGUUGUAGAAAAAUGCAGAAAAUUGGAUUCAAUCGUGGAGUUAUGGAUGACAGAUACAUCCUUACCAACACACCUAAUUUUCUAAAGUUGGUUCUGAGACCUAAUUUGACUGGAUUGAACAGAGGGUAUCCUAAGAGGGUGAAGGGCAGUGCAUGA